AUAUAAAAGAGUAUCUUGCUCAAAGCAUCACAAUGACAAAAAUUUAAAAUGGUAUUAAUAAGAAGGUGUCAACUUGAAUUGUACCAUAAUGAAGCGGUUAAUUACAGUAACUUCAAGCUACAAUUCAAUUCAGUUUUUGGCCACCAGAUGUCACUAAAGAUGCUAUGUUAAACAGAUUCGAGUAAUGAACCAUUUUUUGAUACAAGCUUCAGUGCUUCAGAAAAGCUUCGUUUGGCCAUCACUACCAAAAAGCAGAAUCGAAGGAGCUGGCAAGACAAGGUCAAAAACAUGAGCAAGGUUCAAAUAUAAAUAUAAAUUUAGUUAUGUCUCAGUUGGUUUGUGGUCAAGUUGAAAGGUCAGUAAAUACUGAACAAAGUUAGAUGGUUAAGAACAAACAAUGAGCGACCACAGCCAAGAAAUUCUAGUGGUGGACCUCACGGUGGAAGCUGAAAGCUUCAAAACUCUUUGAUGUCUCUGACUCCUUUUGUCUUUUCGUAAGGCUGUACUCAGGUUUCAACUACUGUCCUUUGAUCUCUGACAUUUCGUUUCAAUUUUAAACUCUUUAAUAUGCUGGGAAGUCUUACGUUACAGGUCAGCUGAAGCAUCAUUUUUCCCCUUGCUGUAACAAACAGCAAAACCAUUCCUUAGCGGUCCCCCACUGUUCUGUUUGUAGCAAUGUCAUUUUAUGUUGGUAUGACAACAUACUUUUUCAGAUUAAAAAGAGAACGCAAAAACGUCAUGUGGCGAUGUCCCUGCGCUGUUGAGGGUGCUGCCUGCAGAGCUGCAAGUAUCGGUCCCAUCCAAAUGCAAUAUAGUACCGUUUUAAAUGCCUCAGUACCGCGGUACCAAAUCAAUACCAGUAUACCGUGCAACCCUACUGUCUAGAGACUGGAUGGAGCACAUAUAAACAGACUGCCGACUAGUGUGUGCCUAUAUAUGUAUUUCCAGUACAUAUAGGCUUUUCAUAGUACUGACAUUAGCUGUUCAUUCAUCAGUGGAUGGUGAUUUACACUUUAAAUUACCACCUAACAUUUUUCUUGUGCAUAUUUUGUAAUUGAUAUGUCACAUACUGUACAAACCACCCAAAUGUUCGAAGGGCUGAUAAGCGUGUGAGUCAGGGGCCUUUCUGAAUGAUAAGCUGGUGUUGGCAAUGCAGAUAAACUGCUGGUUUGAGCUGCAUGUCUGCAUGUGUUUAUGUGGCUGAGAAGUAGCCUCAUGUUCAUGGACUCAUGCAUUUCAAAGGAUCAGCUGUAUGUUCUUCAGAGUUAGAAUCGUCCUUGUUAUCUAUGGUCACAUUUCCUUUUACAAUCUGAGCCUCCUUGUUUGUCCCGAGAUAGACAGAGAAGGUGUGGCUACAGAAUUGUACAGCAGGGUUAUACUGUAUAUUGUUUACAGUACAUUUACCAUCUUACUUUACACACGUAUUUCAAACAUUUUUUAUUUAUAAAAAAAAUAUUUAUUACUUUUUUUAUUAUUUUAUUUGUUUGUUUUGGCAUCUUCCUCUUUGACCAUGCUGACGUGUCUGUAGAUGUGCCACAGCUAAGAAGGCAGGAGAAGGUUGGACUGUUGAUGGUAACCAGACAGCAGAAAACGUCCUGAAGAUGAUCUGAAUGAGCCACAAAGUCUGUGCAUUUUCUAACAUUGCCAAUACAGCAAGCAGCAAGUUGGGAAAAAUACUUGUUGCUUGUCUAGUUGUCAGACUCAUCAGAGAUCUUUCAAGUUAAAAGCCCAUUAUGACUGAAUUAGAGGCUCCAGCAGUGGGAGAACACCCCCCACCUUACAUGAUAUUCUUAGUGGUCUUCCUCUUCUUCCUUACUGGAUUGCUUGGAUUCCUCAUCUGUCAUCUGCUGAAAAGAAAGGGCUACCACUGUCGAACACAGGACUUAGAUGAAGAGGAGGAGGAGGAGAAAACUGAAGGAAAUUCAGAGGAUGAUGAUGAAGAGAACCAGGAUACAGUGGAGAAAAUCCUCAAAUGCAUACUUGAAAAUGAAGCAAACAUGGAAGCCUUCAAUGAAAUGUUGGGGAGCUACAAUAUCUGUGCACGUCAUGACCCCAGGUUGCGUAAAGAUUCCCUCAGCUGUGUUCCCCCUCAUCACCACACCGUCCAUUCAGACACCAACCACAACACCUGCCACCUCUGUGCCCAGAUAGGAUCCAAGAAGGGCCGCAGGCAGAGCAGAACUCCACGAUUAAAACAGCGGCCCGGAGAACAGACAGUCUUCUCUGUUGGCAGAUUCAGGGUCACACACACUGAUAAGAAGCUUUACGGAGGUUCAAAUGCACUGGUCAGUUCAGGGGACCAGCUGGACCAGUCUCAGAAUAGUAAUGAAAAGAAGGAGAGUGGCUACACCCUGAGGAGUAUGUUCAAGGACGCGCCACCAACAGAAAGCACCAAUGGGGUCGGACCCCAUGUGGGAAAACGGAGGAAAAGCGUGAGCAUAUUUGGACUGAGACGUGGUAGCGAACCCGUGGGCAUUAAAGGAGGGGAGGAUACAGGCAGCGACCACAGGGAGAGGAAAUCUGCUAAACGUGCAGAGAACAAUAAGUUAUUUCCUACAUGUGACACUAACCCUGGUUCUAAGCCUGAACCUAAUGGCAGUCAGAAUGUGGCGUCUGUCAUGCCCCAGCAUGAUGCCAAAACCACAGGUUCUGGUCAGAGUAAAAAACAAGCAGCAGUCUCCAGCUCUACUCCUGAUGCCCACUCCAAACAUGGUCCUGGUCCUGAAACAGUCAAACCUUCCAUUGGGAGUAUGGUGACCUCUUCCCUUCUUCUUUCUUCUCCCACUUGGUCCAAACAGACUCACAAUACAGCAGAGAAGCUAGUGUGUGUGAGGGAUAAUGUAUUAAAAAUUGAAGAAGCCUUUGACCCACUACAGAGUUCUACACCCAUUGACUCCAUGCCAGGUCUCUUUCCUGUUAUUCUCACUGACCAACAUGACCUUUGUUCUAGUCUUCCAGUCACCCAGACUACUCCUGACCUGAGCUCCAGUCUGGAUCUGGAACUAGGUUUUGGUGGUAGUCUGGCUUCUUUAGCUUUUCUCCCAGUCAAAGCUCCAUCUUCAUGUUCUUUGUCACCUCCAGCAGCUCCACAGAGUCCCAAACGAACAUAUACAGCAUCUGUAAAAGCUGCACUUGCUCCAACCACUCUAGGCCCCAAGCUGCUAUCAGGUGAAAUGAUGUCUAGUAAAUCACCUAUUUUAUCAACACGCUUUGGAAAAUGUUUGGGAACAUUACAAGCACUACCUUCCCCACCUAUAUUUAGUGUCAGACCCAAACAUGAAACCAAGCCAGUGUCGUCACAGAACCUCUCUCCUUCCCCAGCUGGACAACACCUUGCUUCCAGGAGCUUGCCUCUGUCUCCCUCCAGUCCUUUGUUCCCUUUCUCACCUGUAGGUGGCAAAAUAGGCAGUGUGACCAUAUACAACACCAGUCCUGACAGCAAGAAAGUGUUUUCAGUUGUCACUAUGGUGGAGGAUGAAAAUCCUUUAAGAAAGGAACCGGGACAAAAGGUGAAUGAAUCUGAAACAGCAGGAAUUAGUCCAGCACUUGAUCAGGGAGAAGAUGUUUCUGCUGUAGGUGUUGCACAACCUAAAAGUCAGAGAAAAGAGACCUGUGAAGCAGAGGGUAGGCUACUGUCAGCACAGGAUAGAUGUGAUAUGACGAAGAUGCAAGAAGAGGAGAAAAAGCUGGAGCCCAGUCCUUGGGAACAGGACUGUGUGGGGUUUUAACGUUAACUUGAUCUCAGUUGCUUAGCAGCAUUUUUGACUAUGAUAAAAAUGACCGGGUGAUUGAUUAUCCAUAUAUAAAGCUUUGUAUCCUUUUAAGCAGCAUCACAUACAACAUUUAGCCCAUUUAGCAGAAUCUUUUGGGUUUCGGAUCUUGAGUCACACUUAGUUUGGCUCCAAGGUGGCCAAGUGUCAUCUGGUCGCAUGAUUGUGUAUAUACUAGAGCAACCCAGAGGAAGGGCCCAGAUAAUUAGCAAUAUUUUGCUGAAACCAAAGGUAUGCAUGUGGAAGUUUCAUAUACAUGUAUGGUUUUGAAAAGGAAUGAACCCUGAAACAUUCCCAGACGUUUGUAACGUCCCACAGGUUUCCAGUCAUGUUCAGUUCAGAGGACUGUGAUUCCUUAGAACAGUUUAAUUUGUGGGCUGCACAUUUAAAGAAGCCCAUCUGUUAGAACUAGAAACUAAUCACAUUGUACUGUAGAGCAUAUAUACAUAUACACUGUAUAUGUGUUUCAUUUUCCAGUUAACACAGUUUAACAUUUCACACCCAUGACAAAAAUGUUCCUGCUGCUUUUUGCACUGAAUAUAUUUCCUGUCCAGCAUAAAAUAUGGAGUAUUGGAUGCCUGGUGGUGACAGUUCUGAUUCAGGUGGAGUGUUUGUUUUGGCUAGGGACGUAUACUCCCCUUCAUUGGUGUUGUGGGAUUAUUUCAACGACUUUCCCCAUUAUGUACAGCAUACAGUUUGUACCAUCCUCAGAGAAGGACAGAGGGAAAACGGAACAGAGAUGAAGGAGAGGGGGAGACCUUUCAACAUGAACUUUAAUAAGAAGAGCAACCAAUAAGGAAAUGACCUAUAAUAACAUGUCUAUCUUGAGAAGUACUGCAUACAAGUCUCAAAAUAAAAACCUCAUCAUCGGGACCUGUUCCCUCCUACAACCCACUACUGCAGCAGAGAGAAUAGAGGGAGAGAAGGAAGAAAGACAUAGAGAGAUAUAGGGGACCUUUAACCCUUAAAAAGUAUUUACAGGACACCACAGGCUACGAUUUGCCAGACUAUAGAACUACAAAACCAACAAUGGUAAGAGGCUCAGGCUGUGUAUCACACAGAACCACACACACCGACCUAAAGGCUUUGCUGUCCCGUAGAGGACCCAUGUCAUUGUCCUCCAAUUCUCAAGUAAGAGAAUAGUGACAUUCACACACUAGAACCAUCCCACCAGCUGGUUUGUGUGCUUAGUAGUAUAAUUUGUAUAUGUGGGUGUGUGGGAUGCUACGUAGACUGCUUUAAAGCAACAUGUGUCCUGAAGCACUACUGUUGUUGAAUGAACUGCGUCUUCUGGGCAAAAUUUUUAAGUGGACAAUCAUCUUCUCCGUGUUUGAAGUGAGAGACCACCUAUAGUUCCUGAAGUGUGCGUGUGAGUGUGGUCUCCCCUCAGUGUCCCCCACACUUCCAGCAGACAGAGCAGACUGACACCAAUGAACCAAACUGCAAGACUUGUUCCCCGCAGGAGGUUCAUCACUGAGGUUCAGUUGUCAGCAGCUACACUCGGUAUGCAGACAGCUUUGCCUCAACUGGGAGUCAAAUCAGAGGCAUUUACUGUAGCAGGUGGUACUAUAUGGUACGUUAAAAGUAAACCAUAGAUGCUCUAUAAUUAAAUACUGAUAAACAAUGAUUCUCUGUAUGUUUAUCCCUUGGAAAGAAACCACACAUUCUGCCCUUGUGUAGUGCCUUUCUACCUAAUAAAUGCGCUGUGACACUGCU